CUCCCACCUCACUCCACAAGUCAGGCCAUCGUUCCGGUCCACAAGCAGUCAUGGACCUUCUAUGCCAUGCAAUUGGGUUUAGUGAGACGCAAUUGUCGAACGGUGCAGACCCUGAACAUUCCCUCUCUCCUCUCCGACCAUCCGAACCUCAUCCGAAGGAGACGCCUUCCCGAACAGCGUCCAAUCGACGGUGUCACAUAUGCGGCCGGUGCUACGAGCGAGCAGAUCAUCUCAACCGCCAUCUGAAGAGUCACGAGAAUGCACGACCACACAAAUGCAAUCGAUGCAGCAAAAGUUUCAACCGUGCCGACCUACUCAAUCGCCAUCAAGCAGCACACGAUCGUCCUCCUGCGGAACGGCCAACAAUCGAGAGAGGAAAUAGAGCUGCUACCGCGUGUGUUGCCUGUGUAAAUGCAAAGGCGAAAUGUCAAGACCAGAAACCUUGCACCAGGUGUCAGGCCAGAGGAAUAUCUUGCCAAAUCUUUGGGGAUGGUGCUCAGUCGAAAAGGGGACGAGCUGCAUCGAACUUGGGAUCAAGAUCGAACCUCGGAUCAGGCUCCCAGGUUGGGGAAGAUAACACUAGAGACGAAAGAUUCGAGGGAAAUGGAACCUUCUCGAGCGAGGACAAUCGUCACCAUAUGGAUGAUACAUCCGGUCUGUAUCUGAGCAACUCAAUGGCAGAAGAUUCAGUACUUGAUCCGACUUUGGCCGCUCACGUCAUAUCAACCAAGAACUUCCAAUACGACACACAUGCAUCAAACUCAACAUACGACAAUGAAAUUCAAACUUCCGCCAACCUCAACAACACCUUUUCCGCUUACGGAGACAUCGCCUUGCAAGGGGACGGACAAUUCGACAAUGACUUUGGUCUUGUUCCCAGAAAUUCGUACUUUAGUCAAGAUCUUGAUUUCGGCAUGUGGGAUUUCGAUCUAGAUACCGUUGAACUGGCUGGUCUCAACCAUAGCAAUACCAGCUUGAGUGGAACGGAUCUGAACCAAUCACCAAAGCCAUCGACCAGAGCCCCGAAAGAGGCCUCUAAACGAUAUGCUGCCUUCGAAAGAUCACCGUGGCUCUGGACGCCCACUAAAAAUGACCAAACCAUGAUUGAUCAGCAGGAUCUAAAUUUAGAUGAAGAUACUAUCCCCGCAGUUCUCACACCUGCCUCACCAGCUGCUAUAAUAGAUGAGUUCACAUCGUGUUGUAUUCAUCACAAGGAACGGGACAAGAUGCUUUCACUAGUAUUUGCAAUACCGGCAGCAACAACGAAGUCCCCAUAUCUGCCCUCACUAACCUUGUUGAACAGCAUCAUACAAGUGUACUUUGUCCAAGAGAGCUUCAAAGUUGACCAGUUGAUCCACGUUGGGACAUUCGAUCCAUCCAAAGCUCUGCCACAACUUCACACUGCCAUAGUGGCGGCGGGGUCAAGUUUAAUUUCUACCCCUGCAAUAUGGAAAAUGGGUCUUGCUCUUCAAGAGGUGGUGCGACACAGCGUUGCAAAUUAUUGGGAGGAAGACAACUCUCACACACGAAACUUGCAGGCUAUCCAGGCUUUCAUGAUUGGUUUAGAUAUCGGACUUUGGUCUGGAUUCAAAAGGAAAAUGGAGAUAGCUGAGAGUUUUGCUCAACCUAUCAUCAUUAUGUUACGCCGAGCUGGUGCAUUUGCUCCAGCAGCAAACCAGUCGUCCGCAGACCCUCGACCUGAAGACUCCGAAGCCGUAUUAGAAUCGAAGUGGAGGAAGUGGGCAGAAAGAGAGUCAUUCAAAAGACUCGUCCUUCAUCUCUUCAUCCAUGAUAUCCAAGCAUCAAUCGGACUUCAAAAGCCACCUUUAAUUUCCGUGACUGAAUUAAGAUUCCAAUUGCCAGCUGCCCGUAACCUCUGGCUGGCCAAAACUGCCCCCGAAUGGCGAGAUCUGUCCCUAUCAUCCCAUCCAAAACAGGAGGUUCCUGCUUUCGCAGAUGCAAUACAUCGAACCAAUCUGCGCCAAUACUCGUCGCAAGCCGAUAUACCUUUGACUACUGUCGCCCUCCUCCACGGCCACUGGGGACAAAUCUACUCUCUCAGCGAAUCACGAAAAUUCUUUCCCUCCUCAAAAUCCACGCAUCGGCUCUGGCUACAUACAGCCUACACCGAACUCUACCAAGACCUCUCCUCCUUCUCCCUACUCAUCCCAUCUCUUACCAACAACUCCACAAGAGCAAUUCUCGUUUCCGAGUUUCUACAAAUGAUCCUCCAUAUCUCUCUUGAAGACCUCCACCGCUUUGCAGGAAAAUUCGGCGAAGAGGAGACGCGCAAGGCGGGUGAAGAGUUCGCGGCGUGGGCCAGGACCAAAGAAGCUCGUAUUGCAAUAUGGCAUGCUGGCCAAGUAUUCCGUGCAGCAAAAGGGCUAAUGCAAGCGCAAAAUCGAGGUUUCAAUGCCAUCGCGCUGUAUUACGCUACUCUCACGCUCUGGGCUUAUGGCCACGCAGUUUCGAUUAUGGAGGAUCAUCUACCCUCCACUGGCAGCCAGAACGUCAUACUCAACGAGCAGGAGACUUCAUCGUCGACGUUGUUCCUCGCUAGCUCACAAGGUUUUCCAUUUCUGAGUGUACCUGGUCGGGAUUCAAGUGGUGUUAAGUCACUCAUCGCGUUGGCGGAACCGGAUAAAGUUCUGGGAGUGGCGAGGGAUAUCUUCAGGAGCAAUUAUCCCGUUUUUGAAGAAGGAUUGCCACCGUUGGUGGAGAACUUGUGUAUUUUGUUGAAGGAUUUGGGCAAUUUGCCGGGGAGUAGGAUUAGUCGGGCGCCGAGUGAGGGGGUUGCUAGAUGAGGACGCUGCUUCAAGGCGAGAUACCAGCAUAGUCUCAGGUCUUUUGUCUCGAGGACGAAGAUUGCGGCAUAAAGUGAUGGGAUUACUGGGCAUUUACGCUCGCGUAGGCAUCUUACGAAUUAGCGGACUCGAGGGUGUGGUUUAAGUUACUACGCCUGGUAUAAGCCUGGCAACUCUAGGCCUGAGGCCCCAAAUCAGUCUGUGGGACAUGUACGAGGUCGUGGAAAAACUUCGAGGGUUAUAGUAUUACCGGCAGAGUAACCGUAGCGCUCGAUCGCUAUAGAAAUAUC